AUGCUAUACUUAUGUUUUCCACCCUUGACCCCUGCUGGAGACAGCAAGAGGGUUAUCGAAAUAGAGAAGUUCAAGUACGAGAUCGCUGACAUCCGAGAUGCCUUCCUGACCCACCAACGGACGCGCCAUGUUGACUUCGCCAGGCUAAGGCCAGCAGUUACACUACCGGCCACGUUCUUCUCACCAGGGACCGUGAGAGAGCAUGUCAUCACCUUGCAGCGGGAACCACCAGCGUUCACCAAGUACCGGCUGACAACUGAAACAACAGAGUGCUUGAAACAACCUUCUUUCGACGUUUGGCAGUGGGAACCUAACGAGAUGCUUACACUGAUAGAGCACAUGUACAGAGAACUAGGACUCCUCGAAGAAUUCUGCAUCAGUCCACCAACGAUACGCAACUUUCUGGUGUCCGUGCAGGAAAACUACCGAAAUAACCCUUUCCACAACUUCCGCCACUGCUUCUGUGUCACCCAGAUGAUGUACUGCCUUAUCUACCUGUGUCGCCUGCCGGAGAAACUGUCGAAGAAGGAGCUGGGGGUCCUCAUCACUGCUUGCAUAUGUCACGAUCUAGAUCAUCCGGGCUAUAACAAUUCGUAUCAAAUCAAUGCACGGACCGAACUGGCUGUCAGGUACAAUGACGCUUCGCCCCUCGAGAACCACCACUGUGCUGUAGGAUUCAGGAUACUGGCUAAUCCUGAAUGCAACAUCUUCAGCAGCUUACCCGAGUCCCUCUUCAAGGAAAUUCGUGGGGAAAUUAUCCUCCUGAUCCUGGCGACAGACAUGGCGCGUCACUCUGAGAUCGUCGACGACUUCAAGAAGAAGCUCGAGAACUUCGACUACAAGAACGUCAAUCACUUGACGGCGCUCAAGAUGAUCCUUAUCAAGGCAUGUGACAUCUCCAACGAAGUUCGUCCUUCGAAGGUCGCCGAGCCUUGGGUCGACUGCUUGCUCGAGGAAUACUUCAACCAGGCAGAGACCGAGAAACAAGAGGGUCUCCCCGUGGCCCCCUUCAUGGAUCGAGACAAGGUGACGAAGGCAUCGGCCCAAAUAAGUUUCAUCAAAUUCGUUCUCAUCCCUCUUUUCGAAGAUAUAUCGCAGCUUUUUCCACAGGUGGAAGAGGCACUUGUUGUUCCACUCCGUCACGCGAGGGAGCACUACGAGCAACUUAAGGAGGCAGAGGAAGACAUGAGACGACUUGCCCAGAGCAAAUCCAUAGCCUAGUGCCGGGACUCCUCCUGGGAUGACCUCAGGGGGCAAAAGAAGGGAGGUCAUAGACGUUCAAGUCGAGGUUCCGUCCAGAGAUGGUCUAUAAAGCCCAUGAUCUUAUGAUGCACAGCGAGAACACAGCGACGCCCCACUAGGGGGAUUAUCAACUCCUCUGUCUGAUAGGCUUCUGUACUUAUGAGACCUUGAGCUAGGGCAACAACUAUGGGUAAAGCAUUGAGCUAUGGCAACACCUAUGGGUAAGGCAUCGCGCUAGAGCAACACCUACUGGUAAGGCGCUGAGCUAGGGCGACACCUAUGGGUAAGGCAUUAAGCUAGCGCAACACCUAUGGAUAAGGCCCUGAGCUAUGGCAACACAUAUGGGUAAGGCACUGAGCUAGGGCAACACCUACAGGUAAGGCGCUGAGCUAGGGCGACACCUAUGGGUAAGGCAUUGAGCCAGGGCAACACCUACGGGUAAGGCGCUGAGCUACGGCAACACCUAUGCGUAAGGCAUCAAGCAAGGGUAACACCUAUGGGUAAGGCAUCGAGCUA